AUGAGCUUGAGACGCGUUCCGGGCGUGUAUGCAAUACGAGCGCUACAGUGGCGAAUCACCGGUCGUUCGGAAGGCGAAGCAGUGGAGGAGUACGAUACCGUGAAGGCCCUCAGCCUCGCGCGCUCAGCCGCUAUGUUCGGCAGUGGGACUACGGUCUGGGACGUCUACAAUGUCAAUGAUACCACAAAGAGUCAGCCGUACGUGCUGAAACGGUUGUGGCGCGAUGAAUCACCCAGCCUAGAAAACGACAUGAUUCCGGAUGGCCUCGAGGAUUCUCCUGUUGUUCGGAUUGUGUGGUCCAGGGAUGCUUACCUAGCCGACGAGACUCGCGAAGAUGUUCUCGUGGUGAUCUGA